CGCAUGCGCAAGAUCCCACCGCUGCCGCUGCUUCAGCACCAGAGCCCGGACAGCGGCGCCGCCCACGGGCAUGGACGGUGGUAGCAGCCCCAGCUGCUGCAGCGAUCUUCUCUUUGCCAGUUUCUGAACCGCAAGCAGCGGCCUGAGGGGAAUACAUUAGCCCCAGAAGGCAGCUGCCGGAACAAGUAGGAAGAACCCCUCCGUAGAUCCUGCUGGAAGAUCUUCUCAGUCCUAGACCAAAGCCAUGGCUCCUGAGGCAAGCCCAGAGAGAAGCUGCUCCCUCCACACCUGUCCCCUUGAAGACCCAACCGGUGCUCCGGUACCACCACCAACCGUGUCCACGCUCCAGGCUAUAGACCCGACGAGUCCGUUAACGGCUGGUCAUUUUGCCUUUCCUCGAGCGCCUCAAGACUAUCAAGAAGGAAGUUCAUUAUUAGGAUUAGGAGACCAAGCAUCUCUAUGUGCCCAUGUCUCCAACCUCAGCACCUCCAUAGACACCUCUCAGCAUGAUGGGGUCUGGAAGCAACCUUCUGUGCAGCGCCAUGUGGUCAGUGUCAGGCAGGAACGCACUUUCCGGAUGCCGAAGAGCUAUUCUCAUAUGAUUGCUGAUUGGCCAGUGGCUGUGAUCGUGGGGUGUCUGGCCUUCAUCUUCCUCUGUACCCUAGCUGGGCUGUUGGGAAGCCCACCACUUGACUUUUCUGAGCCUUUACUGGGUUUUGAGCCUCGAGACACAGAGAUAGGCCGAAGGUUAGAAGUUUGGAAAGCCAUGCAGGCCCUCACUGGCCCCAAGAAUCUGCUUUCUCUUUCCCCAGACCCUGAGAUGAACAGCUCAAGCCUCCUCAGCACCCUGAGCCCUGCAGCCUGGGGCAGGGCCGAGGAAAGUGUGGUCCGGACCAAGAGGAUGGUGGGGCCUGUGGAAGUCAAAGAAGAAGAGAACUUCUUUUGUGGCCGCCCUGAGAAGAGCCAUGCAAAGCUGGUGUUUGUGUCCACCUCUGGGGGAAGCCUGUGGAACCUGCAAGCCAUCCAUUCCAUGUGUCGCAUAGAACAGGAGCAGAUCCGCUCUCACAUCAGUUUUGGGGCUCUGUGCCAGCGAUCAGCAGCCAAUGAGUGCUGCCCCAGCUGGUCCUUGGGCAACUAUCUGGCCGUGCUGUCUAACCGCUCCUCCUGCCAAGACACUACCCAAGCCGAUACAGACCGCACAUUGGCCCUGCUACGGUUCUGUGCCACCUUCUACCAUCGUGGUGUCCUGGUGCCUGCUUGUGUGGGGUCUAGCCAGGACAAACCCCCGUUUUGUGCCCAAGUUCCUGCCAAGUGUACCGGAAGCAACGUGGUCUAUGAAUUCCUGCACUACCUGCUAGACAGAGACUUUCUGAGUCCCCAGACUGCGGAUUACCAGGUGCCCUCCCUCAAGUUUGCCCUGCUCUUCCUGCCCAUUAUAAAGACCUCCUCUCUUCUAGACAUCUACCUGGACGGCCUAGGUGACCCAAUUAAAGUCUCUGACAACUACACAUCUAUCAGUGGCAUGGACUUGGGCCUCAAGCCCAGACUGCUGAAGUAUUACCUAGCCGAAGACACCAUGUAUCCCUUGAUAGCCCUGGUUGUCAUCUUCUUUGGCAUGUCCCUCUACCUGCGCUCACUCUUCAUCACGUUCAUGUCACUUCUAGGGGUGCUGGGCUCCCUAAUGGUGGCCUACUUUCUUUACCAUGUGGCAUUCCGCAUGGCCUACUUCCCCUUUGUCAAUCUAGCGGCUCUCCUUCUGCUUAGUGGUGUCUGUGUCAAUUACACGCUCAUCUUCUUGGAUAUGUGGCGCCUCAGCAGGGGUCAGGUGCCUUCCGGGGGCAUGCCACACCGUGUAGGCCGUACCAUGCACCACUUUGGCUACCUGCUCCUGGUCUCAGGCCUCACCACCAGCGCAGCCUUCUACGGCAGCUACCUGAGCCGCCUGCCCGCAGUGCGUUGCUUUGCUCUUUUCAUGGGCACUGCUGUACUAGUGCACAUGGGGCUCACACUGCUCUGGCUUCCCGCCACCGUGGUGCUCCAUGAGCGCUACUUGGCUCACGGCUGUGUGGCCCAAGCGCACGGCCAGAGGGGUGGCAGCGACCCCCUGAGGCUGUUGCUGGCGUUGCACAGACGGAUCCGUAUUUUUCGCAAGAUUAUUUCCAUCCUCUCGCGCCUGCUUUUCCAGCGCCUGCUGCCCUGUGGUGUCAUUAAGUUUCGGUACAUCUGGAUCUGCUGGUUCGCGGCGUUGGCGGCAGGGGGCGCCUACAUCGGCGGCGUCAGCCCUCGCCUGCAACUGCCCAUUCUAUUGCCACUUGGAGGCCAGUUCUUCCGUUCUAGCCAUCCCUUUGAACGCUUUGACGCAGAGUAUCGCCAGCAGUUCCUGUUCGAGGAUCUGCCUCCAAACGAGGGCGGCAACUUGCCAGUGGUUCUGGUGUGGGGAAUCCUGCCAGUGGACACUAGUGAUCCCCUGGACCCUCGCACCAACAGCUCAGUGGUAAGUGAUCCUGACUUCUCGCCUAGCAGCCCGGAGGCCCAGGAGUGGCUCCUGGCUCUCUGCCAUGGAGCCCAGAAUCAGAGCUUCUUUGGAGAUCAGCCAGAGGGCUGGCCUACGCUGUGUUUAGUGGAAGCCUUACAGCAGUGGAUGGAGAGCCCUAGCUGUGGCCGCCUGGGUCCUGAUCUAUGCUGCGGACAAUCAGAAUUCCCCUGGGCCCCCCAGCUUUACCUGCACUGUCUCAAGAUGAUGGCUCUGGAGCAAAGUCCUGAUGGCACACGUGACCUGGGACUCCGCUUCGAUACUCAUGGCAACCUGGCAGCUCUAGUUCUAAAGUUCCAGACCAACUUACCCUACAGUACAGAGUACGGCCCGGUCCACCACUUCUACACUGAAAUCAGCCGCUGGUUGUCAACCGAGAUGAGCAAGGCACCUCCUGGCCUCAACCAGGGUUGGUUCACCAGCAACUUGGAGCUGUACAGCUUGCAGCAUAGUCUAAGCACAGAGCCAGCUGUCGUGCUUGGUCUGGCCCUGGCACUAGCCUUUGCCACACUGCUGCUGAGCACCUGGAAUGUCCCCCUCAGUCUGUUCUCUGUGGCAGCUGUGGCUGGCACCGUACUGCUCACGGUGGGCUUGCUGGUUCUUCUUGAGUGGCAACUCAACACUGCCGAAGCUCUCUUUCUCUCUGCCUCUGUGGGCCUCUCUGUAGACUUAACCAUUAACUACUGCAUCUCCUAUCACUUGUGCCCACACCCGGACCGCCUGAGCCGUGUGGCCUUCUCUUUACGUCAGAUCAGCCGGGCCACGGCGAUGACGACUGGAGUGUUGUUUGCCUCUGGUGUGAUCAUGCUGCCUUCCACUAUACUGCUCUAUCGGAAGCUGGGCAUCAUCGUCAUGAUGGUCAAGUUCCUUGGCUGUGGCUUUGCCAGCUUCUUCUUUCAGUCCCUGUGCUGUUUCUUCGGGCCAGAAAAGAACUGUGGCCAGAUCCUCUGGCCCUGCGCCCAUCUGCCGUGGGAUGCCGGGACUGAGGAUCCUGACGAGAAGGGGCGAGCGGGGCCACCAGGAUUCUCCGAACACUAUGAGUUGCAGCCCCUGGCACGGCGCCGGAGUCCCAGCUUCGACACCAGCACAGCCACCAGCAAGCUUUCCCAUCGGCCUUCCAUACUCUCUGAAGACCUGCAGAUACAUGAUGGCAGCUGCUGCCUCCAGCAUGCCCAAGCCCCUGUCUCCCCAAGGGAUCUGCUCCUAGACCACCAGACAGUCUUCAGCCAGUGUCCAGCCCUGCAGACCUCCUCUCCAUAUAAGCAGGCUGGCCCCACCCCCCAAACCUGGAUCAGGCAAGAUUCCCAGGGACAGAAAACUGAGCCCCUGCAGGCACUGCCAGAAGGCCCUGCCCACUGCCCUAAGUCCAAAGUGGAAGAGCUCCCCGAUGGCCUGUGCUCCUCAGCCAGCACCCUGGAGGGACUCAGCGUCUCAGAUGACACCUGUGCCUCUGAGCAUAGUGUCCGUGUGCCAGAUUCUGUGGGUACCUCCCCAGAAGUCAUGAAUGGCACUGGACACCCCAUACUUGAGCGGGGCCAGCUGAAUGGGAAGCGCGACACCCUCUGGCUAGCACUGAAGGAGACCAUCUAUGACCCAAACAUGCCCAAUUCUCACCACAGCAGCUUAUCCUGGAAGGGCCGUGGAGGGCCAGGCGAUAUCAGCCCUGUGAUGCUUCCCAACAGUCAGCCAGAUCUCCCAGAUGUUUGGCUCCGUAGGCCCAGCACCUACACCUCUGGCUACAGCAGCUGAGAGAGGCCAAGGAAGGCCAGACCAGGGUCCACAACCCUGUUGGUGAAGAUAAGGCAGAUGCCACACUAGCCUAGAGCCUGAAGGUAUUUCUCCCUAUUGACAUGAUGUCUUACCCUCCAAGUAUGGAUUCUAAACCCUGCCAGAUGUUCUAGCCUUGAUCUCUUUGCUACUUACCCCUGCAUCUGGAGGAUUCAGUGGGAGGGCCUUGCAAGGUAAUACCAGGCUCUCCCUGUGACCAACUAAGGACUCAUCUGUCCCCACAGUGCCAACAAGGACCCCUACUCUGGAAAGGAGGGAGGCCAGAUGUGCAGUUCCAGGUAUUGGGGAGGCUGAUCAGCUGUCUCCCGGGUGACAAGAAGUUCAGUGACGCUAAGGUACUCCAUCUUUGGGAUCCAGUUGGAGUAUCUCACUGACUAGAAAAACCCUUAAGAACCUCCACAGCCUAUUGAAUCUCAUCCCUUCUCAUUGGCUCUUAAUCGGGACACUUCAGUUCUUGGGAAGCUUCUCUGGGCUGGAAGUGAACACGGGCCUCUGUCCUGCACUGUCCUGUUCUGCUCACACUCACCAGUGUGACUAGAAGCUCUCCAAAAGCAGGACAGAGGUGGAUGACAAGAGAGAAGCAGGAGACAGGAAGGUCGGCUUUGGAGUAUCCCUAAAUUCCAAGAUUCCCCCAUAGGACGCUGACUCCAGAAUGUUCCCCUGUAAGUGAGCAGUAGUUACCCCUUACCAUUGCCACACCUGCCAGUCUUCUUGGACCUUUGCAAAGUUACUCCACAGUGGCCUGCAGUUGGUCAAGACACUGAGAAUGGUUGAUUGAUUGUCCCCCAAAGUCAUGUCACUGGGUAGCAGCAGGAUUCUCUCCUGACUCAUGCUGCCACUAUAGCUCCCUGUCUCCUCCUGAGUGUGAGCUUCAGGGCCCUGGGCCCCUGGCUGUCUUGGUCCUUUGCUUCUGGCAGUUACCCAGUCUCUUUGCUUGAGCCUCUCUUUGUGAGCCCUCCCUCCCCUUGGGGCCUCCACCUCCAGAAAGAGUUGUAGUCUGAGUAGACCGGAGAGUUCCUCAUUUCCUUUGAGUUUCCCCGCUCUGAAACUCUCUGAGAUGCCUACUAGCCAUGGGCCUACCGGGUCACAGGCAGCCGAGCUGAAGCUUAGGCUUCAAGGAUGUGCCUCUUUCAUGGCUGAGGAGUACAGACAGGCUUUGCCAGAAGAGGUACGAAGGGACAGAAGAAUGUGAACAGAAUCUAGUUAAGACAAGAACACAAAGUUGCUCUUGUGGAGUUGUCCAGGACCCUGAAGUCUAGGUAUCAGGUCCUCAGUUUCUGAAGACUAGGCCUCCCAGUAAGGUUGCUUGACGGUGUCACUGAUCAGUGGCAGAGUGCUCUCCUGACUCAUCCUGCCACUAUGGCUCCCUGUCUCCUCCUGACCAACUGCCUGCUUCAGGGCCAUUAGCUUUCUCCACCCAAAGCACUCAUGUGACACAGCUCAAGACACCAGGCACCAUCUGCAAGUUUACUGAACACCUGCAUUGGAAAGGGUGUUGUAAGGGAGAGAGACAUGGAACGGAGAACUGGCCUCCUGCUGGGAAGCAGGCAUUAGUGGGUCAGGGUUACUGCCGAGCUCAGGUGCCCAGCAAUAGGUGACCGGGAAGAUCUCGUGGAGAGGGAUGGGUUUGAGCUGGGCUUCAGAAGAUCAAGCAGAUCAGACAGGAGGGAGCUUGGUGAUCCAACUCCAAGGGUCCCCUAAGGACUGUUCUUUCAAUAAGCUCCUGUGUCUAAAACUCCUGCUCCGAGGGGUGUGAGUUUAGGGGUGCUGCUAGCUCAGCUUCCCUUUCUAGUGCAGAUCUCCAGGGGUCUCCAGGUCCCUGGGAAUAUCCAUAGAUCUUGGCAUGAAGACCACCAAUCUAGGCCAUUUUAUAUAGGAGUAUCAGAAAGGAGUUUUCCAGUGCCAAACAAUCUAAGGCAAGGCUAGAGGCAAGCCAGAGGACACUUUUGUUUUAUUUUGUUGAGUUCCUGUGUUAUUGAGACCUAUCUCCCACCCCAAGUAGCCCAGGACAAGUGGAGCAGAAACUCAGAUGAGAACAUAAGAAUGUGGGAAAGACAGAAGACAGUUUUCCCUCAGUAUCCAUGGAGAACUGGUUCCAGCACACCCCGCACCUUCCAGCAUACUAAAAUCUGAGGAUGCUCAAGUCCCUCGUGUAGAAUGGUGUAGUAUUUGCAUAUAAUGAUGCAUAUUCUCCUAUAUUUAAAUCGUCUCUAGAGUACUUAUAAUGCCUAAUAUGAUGUAAAUGCUAUGUCAGUCCUUACACCGUGUUGUUGUAAUAAUGACAAGAAAAAUAAUAUGUGUGUGGUGA